AUGAACUUAAUUGAAACCCUCUUUGGGCGCACUGUCACUCCGGCCGAACGGUUGAGACAGCACCAACGCUCUCUCACCAAAGCUCAACGCGAGCUUGACCGCGAACGAACUAAACUCGAGCAAAGCGAAAAGAAGCUUAUCAUGGAUAUAAAGAAGAGCGCCAAAGCCGGCCAGAUUAAUGCAUGUAAAGUAAUGGCCAAAGACCUCGUACGGACACGACGUUAUGUCCACAAGUUCUAUCAAAUGCGCACGCAGCUGCAGGCUGUCAGCCUUCGGAUACAAACGCUAAGAAGCAACCAGCAGAUGGCUGAGGCUAUGAGGGGUGCUACUCGGGCAAGUCCUCAGAUUGGUCAAAACACAGAAAUCUAA